CCUUCCCCAUCUCUACCGUCGCCCGCCACUCAUCUAUGAGCAGUCCUCCAAGAAACCGCCCGACAGGCUCCGAAGAGGAGGAGCAGGGCCUCCUGAACGACGAGACCGAUUCCCUCGAGUCGUUCUCGCAGUGGCCCAGACCGCUGCAGCCGCUCAUUCGGCAGUUCAGUCUCCGUUCCAAGGCCUUCUUCUGGGCCCUGGCUGCCCUGUCGUCUUUUUUCAUCGUCCUCUUUUUCUUUGCCCUGCGCUCGUCCUACGACGAGACUGUUAUCUUGGUCUCGCUGGACGGAUUCCGGGCGGACUAUUUCAGCCGCGACCUCUCCAAAACCCUGACACAGCUCAGCCGAGACGGCGUCAGGGCCGAGUACUUGAAAUCCUGCUUCCCGUCCAUCACCUUCCCGAACCACUACUCGAUCGUGACGGGACUCUAUCCCGAAGCCCACGGCAUCGUCUCCAACGUUUUCUAUGAUCCCGAUCUGAACGAAACCUUUGUCUACACGGAUCCCGCCAAGAGCAGCGAGGGCUACUGGUGGGGCGGAGAGCCAAUCUGGAUCACCGCUGUGAAGCAAGGCAAAAAAGCAGCCUCGUGCAUGUACGUCGGCGGCAACGCCGAAAUCAAGGGAUAUCGGCCCACAUAUCACCGCGAUUACGAUUCGCACGUCACUCUGGCCGAAAAGGUCGACACUGUCCUCGGCUGGAUCGACCUGCCCAAGCGCAAGCGGCCCGUUUUCAUCGCCAUGUACAUCGCCGACGUCGAUUCGGCGGGCCACCAGUUCGGCCCGGGUUCUGCCGAGGUCAACGACGCCAUCAAGCGAGUAGAUGUUGCCCUCCACCAGCUCGUUGAGGGAAUCCGAUCCCGAGGGCUGUCUCACAAGGUCAACAUCGUUGUCGUCAGCGAUCAUGGCAUGGCUCAGGUGCAGCGCGACCGAGUGGUCUAUCUCGACGACUAUAUCGACCCCGAUCUUGUUCGGGUCGAAAACAAUGGCCCGAUCCUGACGCUCGAGCCUCUGGAUGCCUCCGAUCAAGGUAGAAUCUAUCGCACCCUGAAGAAAGCCGCGAGCGAAGAUGGCUUCUGGAACAUCUGGCACAGAGAAGAUGUUCCCGCAGAGUACCACUACUCCAACAACAAGCGCAUCGGCUCGCUUGUGCUCGUCGGCGACGUGGGAUCUCUCUUCACCUUCCGGGACAAGCAACAUGCCUCCACGAUUCCCCAGGGUGCUCACGGCUACAACAACAGCGCUCCCGAGAUGCAUGCCAUCUUUGUCGCCAGCGGUCCGUCCUUCAAGCCCUUCAAGAGUCGCGAGCCUCAUCCUCCAUUUUCCAACGUCGAGAUCUACAACAUCAUCGCCCGGAUCCUCCGUCUCGACCCGGCCCCAAACAACGGCACCAAGGGCGGUGCGCACCCCAGCGCCUAUCUUCUGUAGCUUGUGAGCGAAUUGCGCACACAUGCACAUAUACCGGACCCUGAGAGAUGUGAUGCUCCAAUACAGCACUCCGCGGCGGUGCUCUUGUCCAUCCGAA